CCGUCACCCAGACUCUUGGGGGACACACAGUGGAGACACGUGCAGAGGUGGGACUCCUCACCCACAAUGUCAAGAUCCAGUGAAAUGUUGGCACCGACUUCAGUGCGGCUAUUGAGGGCUGUGACACUGCUUGUAGGCCUGACCAGCACGCCACCCAGUCAUGUUUCAAUGGUUGACAUGGAGACGAGAUUGGCGGUGACCAAUUUGGUGCCACCGUGAUACUGUCUGGAAAGUUCCCUGACCUGGACUUGGUGAUGGGACGCAUUGAGUACGUGGAGGUGACCAAGGCUGGUCAGGCAUUCCAACUUGGGCGGUACCCACUCCACUUCCACCUGGCUGGGGACAUGGGUGGUUCGUACAUCCGCGGGUGCUCCAUCCACCACACCUACAACCGCGCAGUGACAAUGCACGCAACAGACAACCUGCUGGUGGAGCAUAAUGUGGCGUACAACAACAUGGGUCACGCUAUCUUCACAGAGGAUGGGGUGGAGCAGAACAGUGUGGUGCAGUACAACCUUGCAGUCUACACCAGGACCUCCUCUUCCCUUCUUAAUGUGGAUGUGACACGCUCCUCAUUCUGGGUGGUGAACCCAAACAACAUUUUCCAUUACAAUGCAGCUGCCAGUGGAACACACUUUGGUUACUGGUACAGGCUGGACCACCACCCCUCGGGCCCAUCCACCACCAACAUCUACUGCCAGAACACUGAACAGAUGGGACUCUUCUUCAAUAACAAUGCACAUUCCAUGGGAAGGUAUGGUCUGUGGGUGUUCUCCAAUCCAGGAUAUCACCCAAAGUCCGACAUCUGUGGAGGCAGGGACGUGGUGGCCAAGUGGCAAAGCUUCACCGCGUGGCACUGUGAGCGGGGUGCCGAGGCAGUAUCUGGCACUAAGCUGCAGUUCCACAACUUUGUGAUGCUUGAUAACCAACAGGCUGGCAUGGAGAUGGUGUCUGUGAAGGGAGGGUUUGGACAGGAUGACAGCCCUGGCAUCUUCAAUUCCCUGGUGGUGUGUCACUUGGCCCUCAACUCCAGUGCCUGCACCUCAGGAACCAGUGGUAUUGUGGUGCCCAAGACCCAGAUCUUUAGUAUCUCCAAUGUCACAUUUGUUAACUUUGAUGAGGGUGGAAGUGCUGCACUGUCUGGCUGUUCUCAGUGCAGGAACUACCAGGGAGGCUACAGGGCCCAGGUUAAAGGUCUGGCCUUUGAGAAUUCACCCAACAAGAUCAGGUUUCAGUGGGAACACGAGACAAUCUGGAUAGACGCUGAUGGCUCUCUGACGGGCGAACCGGAGGCAAAUGUUGUUCCCACAAUGGGCAUCUUACCAACUGAUUCCUGCACUCAAGAAGCAGCAUUCUCUGUCACCAAGAAUGUGCCAGGAUCAGUUUGCCGAGGGGCCAUGAAAUUCCUGCGAGUGGCCGUCACCAAUCCGAGCCCUUCCUCACUGCUUGGCAAGGACCUGGUGGUGAGCAACGACUUCGGCGCCACCCACAUCCCUUACCUCAUGCUCCGUAUUGGUGGUGCUGGCUGGAUGGGGCUUGUCUACACUGGUGCCACCUUUGACUUCAACUUUGAAAAUGCUAAUCAGUUCGUCAACAUGUCAUACAAGACUAACACAAAAUUCAUGACAAGAAAUGACCACUAUUUUGUGAAACACACACUCACCCAGACACCUGACAGAAUUGAGACGACCAAGGGUGAGAGGGAGAGCCUGGAGUCCCUGCCUGACCCCACCACAAACAUUCAUGGGGACUUCUACUGGGACACAGACUCAAAGGAACUCACGUACAUGGUGUCGCACAGUAAAAAGACUACAAAAAGGCAUGGCAACAUGGUCUUUGAUGACCGGGUUCCUGGUCAAUCAAGGCAGAUCAGUUUCAGUGUGUAUAAGUGUCAGCACAAAGGAUGUUCUGCACCUGACCCUAGACCAGUCCCCACAACACAUCCAGACGCACCUUUCCGCUGGUCUGAUGUGGAGACGUGGAAGCAUAUGCCAGUCAGUACUGGUGGCCACCCAACAGAGGCAGAAUACUGCCUGCCCGUGGAGGGAGAUGAGAUUGUGAUUCCUGAGAGCAUGUGGCUCGUUGUGGACACGGCCACACUCAAGCUUGGCCGUGUCUUUGUGUAUGGCACCAUUGAGUUUAAUGACACGAUGGACCACAGAUUUGAGGCCACCAUUAUUUACAUCCAGGGAGGCUCUUUAGUGGCUGGCUACUCCUCAGACACUCCCUUCACCCACAGUCUCAUCAUUUGCCUGAUGGACCCUGAAGAUGUUGAUGCCUAUAGCAUGAACCUGGGCUGGAAAACUAUAGGUGUGUUUGGCUAUCUCAGGCUGCAUGGGCAGGUGUGGGGGAGAUCAUGGCACAAGCUUGGGGCCACAGUGGAGGUUGGGACCGGCCACAUAACUCUGGCCGAGGAUCCUGAUGCUUCCUGGCUCAAUAAGGAGGUGGUUGUGACAACAACAAGAAAAGAGGCAACAGAGAGCGAAGUGAGGCGAGUGGUAGCAAUCAAUGGUGCCACACUCACCCUAGACUCAGCACUCAAAUUCCAGCACCUUGGGGAGAUACACACACUGUCAGACGGCACUUCCAUCACACUGGCUGGGGAGGUCGGUCUCCUGAGCCAGAACAUUGCGGUGGAAGGAAUCAUGGAGAACAGCAAAGGGGGAAGAAUUCUGGUCUCCACAGUCUUCCAGAAUGGCAAGCAUUAUGUUGGUUCGGCCCAAGUGGAUGGCGUGGAGUUCCGUAACAUGGGGCAGGAAGGCUUCACCGACAUCACUGACCGACGCUACUCCAUUGCCUUCCUGGGCCUUGAUGCCAUUGGUGACCAUUCUAGCUACGUCAAGAGGUCAUCAUUCAAUGUCAACUAUAAUGUGGCUGUUGGGCUCAUCAAGACCUUGAACAUGGCAUAAGAGACGAGACAGGUUCCAACACCUACAGGUGGAACCUCAUCACAACUGUGUUCUUCCUGGGGACUUAUGAAGACAGACAGGAAACAGAGAACUUGAAUUGGAGUGGUGCCUUUCAGCUGGACAAUGCACCCAACAC